AUGUCUCCCAAGAAAUCGCGAGGAACAUCGAAGACUAUCAAGCCUGUCGCUGGUCCGAAGCUACCCAGAGACCAGUAUCAUCAUGCGUUACCGCGCUUUAUCCUUCGCAGGUAUCAAGUGGGUCCGGCAUUGACCAGUGCUGAGCGUACGAAGGCGCUCAAGCGCGACGGCUUCAUACCGGAAUAUGUUCGCGUCUAUGACAUCUCUGCGAGGACGUUGGAGAUACGUCCGAUCGGCGAAGUCUACGGUGUCACGAACCUGUACCGCGACAUAAGCAACAUGGGCAACGUGAACCACAUCGAGGAGAAGCUCGCUCGUUUGGAGCAGAAGGCGGCGAGCACCAUCACCCUCAUCCAUAACUCCAUCCCCGACGGCGCAUUCGACAUCAGUCGUACCGAGCUGGGAAACCUGCGCAAAUUCCUCUUCACAAUGCACGUCCGCCACGAUGCGUGCUCGAGAGAAUACUUCGAUAAGGACCACACCGGCAAUGCGCGAUCCCGAGACUUCCUGCAGGCAUAUAUCGACGAAUACGGAUUCCACACGUCGGAAGAGCUGUGGCUGUACUUCAUGAACUAUCUCCUGGACACCCCUCACGAGCAGAUCAUGCAGGACGGCGACAUGUUACUCCCUCCGCAACCGACUGCUGCCGACGUGAAAAGAUUGAAGAGAUUCUACGCUAUAUCGUAUCAGCAGCAGGCGACUCUGUACUUUCUCGGCGUAUGGGAAGCUGCGGACACCGACGAGUUCGUGCUCACCUCCUCGUCCUUCGGGCUCUACGAAGGCUGUCUUGAGACGAACCGUAGGGUCAUGCUCCACCGCCUCUUCGUCAUCAGCCCUCGACUGGUUGUGGUGCUUCGAGUGACCGCACUGCGCGAUCCUCAAGGUCCAGGCUACGAACGCUUCCUCCCGGGCUGCCUCACCCGACUCGGACACUUGAGGUUGGUGCCACCAAAGCCAUCAUAUACCCGCAUACCUGCUGGGCUUCCCGGAUCGCAGGCGUUCGCCGACUACGUCUUGUCGGACGCCGGCCAACGAGAUAACUUUACGAUUGCGAUUACGAAACUCACAUCGGAGGAGACAUUCAUGGUGAACAAAGUCACGCUCGAGAACACUAAGGCCGACGGCUCCCUCACGUUCUCCUCACCGAGUUUCACCGUCCGCACACUGCGAAGAUACCUUCGCCAGUUGGGACCAUGGGAAGAGCGUGCGGGACGCUGUCAUGCGCUCCUCGAGCAGUUCGUUCCUCCGCCCAAUAGGCACGAGACGCCUUUCGAGGGCCUGAUGUCCCUCAUUCUCGAAGCAGAGCCGAAGUCGCCACGGUCGUGGUACAUGUGUGGUCUGGCAGUCGUGCGCGAUAUGCCUCAUCUCGUGGGGCAGCGAUCGCCUCGUGACAUGCCAUUUGCCCUCGACUACGGCAUCUGCGUACUAGCGCUUCUCUUCCACCUCUACUCAAGGGUACCCAGCGAGUCCCCUUCGGUCAUCGACUUCCUACCCCUUGCACUGCCUUCCGACAUUUCCUGCGAUGCGUCUACGCGACUCGUCAAUGCUGCGCGCCCUCUCUUGCGUGCCGCGGCGCCAGGCUGCGUAUGCUCUGCCAACAGCAGUGACGCAGACCGCGUCCUCGAGGCUGCCGUCAUCGUGGGCCUGCUCGAGGCUGCGAUAGCGGACGUGCGCUUGCGCAUCGCCUUGCACAAAACCUAUCCCCAUCUUGCCGAUCACCUCGCCAUCCGUACCGGUCACCAACUACGCCGCAAGGACUGCGAGCGUAUAGCGCGGGAUCUUAACGACCUGAUGGUGAAGAUGUAUAAGGGCGAGAUUCCUGCGCCUUCUCGAUACGAGCGCGCUUUGACGCUAAGAACGUACUGUGUCGUCCUGCGCGGGGCAUUCCACGACAGCGCGGCUCAAUACGCAGAGACGGUCUUGAAGCUAGUGGAAAGAUUGGAGCUGAUGGGCCAGACUGCACCGCCGUCGGGUUUCGGACCUCGCCCUCGAGCAUGUCCGAAGACAAGGCUCAGUGGCACAGAAGGGGACAUUUUGAUGAGCAGGCUAUCGGGGAUUCUCGCCGAGUUCGGGUUCAGGCCUGUGGGCAAUUAUCUGGACGAGAGGGAAAGGACGUGUGCGCACUGUGUUGGAAUCGCGGAAGAGGCGCGAUAA